AUGGCCGGUCUGACCAGCGGGUUCAUUCUCCCUUGGCUCCGAGCUGCCGGGCGGUGCUGGCAGCGCAGCGAGCGGCCCUGCCCAGGGCCGAGCGGGAGGCGUGGAGGCAUCGGGCAGCAAAAAGCGGCGUUUCCUUCCCCGGCCGCAGGCGACCGGCCUCCGGCGGCCAGCGCGCUGGGGCUCGCUCGGCCCCCACCUCGCCCAGCGAAAAGCUCGCUCCUUCCGCUGGCGGCCGGCCGCCUCCCCGCGCGCCCGGGUCUCGCCGAGCUCCGGUUCCGCCGCCCUGCGCAGCGUCCACGGCUGAGAAGCCUCCCCGGCCCGGGGAGCUGCCCGCCGCGCCGCGAGCCGGCCGAGCCCCGCGCCAGGGCCAGCUUCCCCCCCACGCCCCGGGGCGGGACGGGGCCCUCUGCUCGGCGGCGAGUCCCGCCGCGCUCCCGGGGCCCGCGCCUUACCUCCCGGCGCAGCGCCCCAGCCCCGCCGCGGGCUCCGGCCCGGCGCUCUCCGGGUCCGUCCGCGGCAACGGGGCGGGGGGCGGUGCCCGAGCCGCUCCCCGAGCCGCCCCGGGGCGGCGAGCCGUGCCCCGCAGGCGCCCGCCUCCUGUUCGCGGCGCCGCGCCCCGGCCCUCUGCGCAGGCAGGAGCGCAGGGCGGCCGGGCAGCCCCGCGGCGGCCGGGAGCGCCGUGCGCGGGGAAGGCUGCGGAGGGGGGCGGCAGCCGCGCAGGGCCUGAGAGCAGCCCGCCGAGCACCGGCCGAUGUCACCGCAGCUCGCCCCGAACGGGCGCCUGAGGCAGAGAGCGCCGCAGCGGGAGCGAGCGGGCUGCCGUCCGUUCUGCCCCCGGGGUGUUGGCGUCCCGGAGAAUUCUCCGAAGGAGCGGCCCUGGAGCUCCCGGGACUGCGGGAGAGGGAAACUGCCCCGGAGCAGCGCCCGCACAGAGCCCAGAGCCUCUCCCGGGCUCCUGCGGGCAGUCAAGGCUGUCUGCUCCGUUUUGCCGGCGCAAAUGGCGAUGACUGCAGUUGCGGUCGCUCCCAGGCCUGGUGCCUCCAGGAGGGCUCUCGACAGCGGCCCAGAAUUACCUGUGCACAGUUUUUAAGUAUGCUGAUUUCAGACGAUCUAGGCAUCUUAGAGAGGUCUCUUGUCUGGGAGUUCACACAGCCAGCUGUCGCUCGAGCCCCUAAAAAGCGAGGGUAGAACGGUCACGGUCUUUGGAUAACCACCACAUCACAGUCUAGUAACAGUUUCGUCUGUUUUAAUUGAAAAGGAGAGGCUCAUAAGUACUUUCGAUGCACAGAUUUUUGGUUUUUGCUUCACAGCAUGGCGCGUCCAUAGCUAUAGCUUCACUAUAAAAUA